GCGCACAGCCUAGACGUCUCAUGACUAUCACUUUACCUUUACUUUCGCUAGCUUUAUUUGCGACAGUCUAUAUUCCUUCUUAUUUUAAUAUUACAUUAUUUUUUUCCCAGGUGGACAGAGCUAAGGAUUGCACAAUAAACAGCAGCCGAAUACUGCACUUGAAUAAGGAAAUGCGCUAUCAAGCAAAAGUCAAACAAAUUAAAAGUCAGGAAGAGCGGGGGAACGUCUCAAACGCGGAAGAUGCGCGCUCGGGCAGCUCUCCGUCGGUGAACGCUCGUCCGCGGACUCAAAACAAAGUAUCUGGCCGCAGAUCGUUCGUUGCGUAACUCGCUGGAGAUUAAGUCUCUGAGAGACCGGAAGGUUGUAAGGGGCCCCCACUCUCUCUACCGCGGCGCGCGCGUGGCCCCUCAGACGGAGGUGGCACAACCUGAGCCCUCCUGUCCCCUCGAUGCCCAAACAGAGGCGGAGGUCGCUGAGAGAGGCGGCGUUCUCCCGUUCGUCUCCGGUUUGCGACGGAUCAGGGAGAGGAGGAGGAGGAGGAGGAGGAGGAGGACGCGCAGGAAACUUUUCAUCCACAGAGAUUUGUGAUGAUCAAGCACAGAUGGCGGAACAGUUCAGCGGGCAAGCGGGCUUUCUCUCCGACGGUAAACCGGGGAGGGGGUGCCUAGUGCCGCAGGUGACCAUCACGUCCGAUGGGGAUUCGCGGGAGAUCACCGAGGAGGACCUGGAGGAGGAGGUCAACGGGCAGCUGCGCCGCAAGCUCUCCAACUCCUCCAUCUCCUCCAACGGCUCCUCCACGGCGUUUGACGAGUCGGAGGACGACAUCCUCAGCGACAACGAGACCAAAAGCAAAGGCAUCGUGACUCUCGAGCAUUUCGGCGACUCGGUGGACUCAGGAGAGCAAAGCAAUGCCUGGUGGAAGCUGAAGACUAUUGUCAACUGCCCUUUAUUGACCUCACAGCGAAGACGACUGUCCUGGGUUCAGUUAGCAGGCCAUAAAGGCAGCUUCAAAGCAGGGGAUGAGGGCUCCAUACUGAAGAAGUUCUCAGAGAAUGAGAAGCUGUGUUUCGAGAGGCUGAAAGAGGAUGCUUUACAUUCCUUCGUGCCCGGCUACUAUGGCGUGGUCGAGAGAGACGGAGAGCUCUUUCUCAAAAUGAAAGACCUUUUGGCCAAGUUUGAUUUGCCCAACGUCAUGGACUGCAAGAUGGGAGUGAGGACAUAUCUGGAGGAGGAGUUGGUGCGGGCAAGAGUGAAGCCAAAGCUGCGUGAAGACUUGUAUAAUAAGAUGCUGGAGGUGGACAGUGAAGCUCCUACAGCGGAGGAGAAGAAACAGAGGGCUGUUACCAAACCACGCUAUAUGCAGUGGAGAGAAAGUCUCAGCUCUACCAACACUCUGGGCUUCCGCAUUGAAGGGAUUAAGAGAGGGGAAACCUGCAAAACAGACUUCAAAAAGACCCGGUCAAAGGAAGACGUCAUUCAGGUCUUUAAGGACUUCGUCGAAGGCAAUAAAAACAUAAUUAACUCCUAUAUUACAAGACUUGAAGAUAUUAAACAGGCACUGAAGGCCUCGGAGUUCUUCAACAAACAUGAGGUAAUUGGGAGUUCGCUUCUCUUCAUUCACGAUCACACAGAGAGAGCUGAAGUCUGGCUCAUUGACUUUGGUAAGACCACACCUCUCCUAGACGGACAGAACCUGGAUCACUACACACCCUGGGAGGAGGGCAACCGAGAAGACGGCUACUUAUGGGGUCUGGAAAACCUGCUGCAAACUCUUUCCUCGUUGGCCAGGGAGUAACCUUCUUACUGCAAACCGAGUGACAGCGACGGCUGAUAGACACUUACAAACCUUCUGCGUGCAUUAUAGGGACGCCAGCAGUGACAAAGUCCAUUACUUUACAGUAUUAAGCUGUAAAAGCAUUUCACGGUCAUGGUUUAAAAAUGAUAAUUUGUUUGUCGGCAUUCUAUACAGUCACUCUUCCCCAAGCUAAAUUUAGUCGGUAAAGAAAUUCAUAUUAGGGCACGAUUUGUAUUCGCCUACAUCGAAAAUGAAUUUCAAGCACUUACGCAAAGACUUUUUUUUUGAUCAAACUUUUUAAGAUGAUGAGAAACUAAAUCAGUCAAGCUUGUCCAAUGUUUUGCGUGCUGCAAUCUAUCAAAAUCUUUAUUUCUGCAAACUUAAUAUAACACAGAAUCAAGGUUAUUUGUAUGUAACAUUGUUCCUUGUCUAGGCCCAGCAAACACUAGCCAAACAACUGACCCUUCACAGGGAGCUUUAUUGACAGGCGGUCUGACCAAUCAUAUCGCUGAAUCCGCUCAUUUCACCAGACAGGAGAGUAUUAAUGUCGGUGGACAAAACUUGAAAAACGAUGUAUAUUGAGGUCUUUCCGCGGUUGAAAUAAAAGGCCUUCUUAUAUUCAUUCAUGUUUAUUUCUCGCUUUAAGUAGUAAAUAUGACAGGAUUAUAAUUUCAUGUGCCAUUUUAUCAUUAGUGUUGGGGGUAACGCAUUAUAAGUAACUUGAUAUGAUUUUUUUUCAAGUAACUAGUAAAGUAAUGCAUUACUUUUUAAUUUGCUUUCUCAAAAACGUUUUACCGUUUAUUGACUGACAAGUCUCCUGUCUUCAUGUUGGGCGAAAUCAAUUAGAAAACAGAUUUACUGUUCAUCAAAAUUAAUUAAAAUGCAAUGCAAACACAGAAUAUGACGCAAACUUGCAAUAAUAGGUUAAAUAACGCAGAUGUAUCAAAUUCCAUUUUAUUAUCCAUUGUCUUUGUUGCUGACCGUUGAUGAUUCAGUUCAACCAUAAAAGCAAAAAUGACUUUAGAUAAACUAAAAAUUGUGCUUUGGUUUUUUUUUAAAUUGCUGAAGAGUAUUGUAGCUUCUCCUCCUGUAUUCUACUGUAUAGACGUGAAUUUACUUUUCCUUCAGCCUGACGUUUAUUCGUUACACUUUUUCGUAUGAAAGGCCUUUUACAUUAGCUACAAAUAGAUCUUCUUAUAUGAAAAACAAACAAUUUAAAAAGUAACACAAACGUAACUUAACACAUUACUUUACAUAAAAAGUAACCAACAGAAUCUUUUAGGGAGUAAUGCAAAAUUGUAAUUGCAUUAUUUUUCAAAGUAACUUUCACCAAAACACAUUAAAGAGCCACAGAACGGUACUUAUAGUUUGAAUCUCUUUCAUACUAAAGUAACUUGCUCUGUCUUGUCUGUCGGCACGCUGUCAGUUUCCUCUGCUCCGCGAUGUAGCCUAUAUUUCACUGCGUGAAAACAGCAUGCCAGGUCGGACAUGGCAACAGUAACUACGGGGGGCCGGUCUUUGUGAAAGGUCAAAGUGACAUUGCACAACUGACUAAAAUACCAUCAAACUAGCGUGUACAGUAGAUGCAGCACAUGCAUUGAAGUGUGUUAUGUAGAACAAAUAUACAGCGAUGCAAUGUGAAUGAUGCUCAGCAUUUAGAGUACAAUAGGAUGAUAUUAAUCGCUUGGACUGCAGUUAUCAAUCAAGGGUGGUAUUAUUAAUUCUUUGGAUGAUUUUAUGAAUAUAUUGUAUUGGUUUUAUGGUUUAAGAAUAUGGGUUGUAAUUUUCUAUACCUGCACACCACUGAAAGUGUUUCAUUAUCAAACAGUUUUUACCUUGUGACACUAUUUUGUUUAGAGGGGGCAGGUGAGUUUUGUUACAGUGUUCCCUGCGCAGUAUGUUUAUGACAAAUAAAACAUCUGCCUUUCAGUA